CCAGCCCCAGCGAUUGGAUUGGGCAGCCCGUCUUGACACACCACUGUGCUGAGUGCUUGAGGACGUGUUUCAACAGAUGGUUGGGGUUAGUGUGUGUCAUCACGUUGGAGUGGGGAUUAGAGAAGGGAGGCAGCCUUGCUGGAGCUGUGUGGUCUUCUCCAAGUGUGAGUUGCAAGCAAGAGGAGAGCUCUGUAGUUGUUGGGAGAAGAGGGAGGAUUCCUUGUCAGCAGCUGCAAGGGGGAAAAAAGCCCAGUUUGUUCAGUAAGACAUUGAAUUGUGGAAGAGUGUGGAAAAAGAUGACAAUAUUUCUUUCUUUCAUCAGAAAAAGGUCCUACAUGCAAUAAACUUACUAGACUAGACAUACAGACUUCUUUCAAUGAUAUGAAAAUUAACCCAGGCACAUCAGCUGCAGGAAAUCUUCAAAGGGCUCCUCCUACUGAUGUUCUGAAUACUUUUGCAUCAUAGCAAUUCAUUACUGUACCAGGACCUGAAUUUAAGACCUUAGGGGGAAAAAAGAUCAAGCACUUUGGGACUAGAGGAACUACAAUGAAGUAUUCUUGCUUUGCACUCUUUUUGACUGUGCUCAGUACUGAGUGGAUAAGAAGUCUCUGUUCAACUGUCAAAUCUCCAAGGUUCAGAGGACGUGUGCAGCAGGAACGAAAAAACAUCAGACCAAAUAUUAUUCUUGUACUCACAGAUGACCAAGAUGUGGAACUUGGGUCCUUGCAAGUGAUGAACAAAACUAGAAGGAUCAUGGAAAAUGGAGGGGCCACUUUCAUCAAUGCCUUUGUAACCACCCCAAUGUGCUGCCCAUCUCGAUCCUCCAUGCUAACAGGGAAAUAUGUUCACAAUCACAACAUAUAUACCAACAAUGAAAACUGCUCUUCUCCUUCAUGGCAGGCAACACAUGAACCACGUACCUUUGCAGUGUAUCUCAACAACACUGGGUAUAGGACAGCUUUUUUUGGGAAAUACCUCAAUGAAUACAAUGGCAGCUACAUUCCUCCUGGGUGGAGAGAGUGGGUUGGAUUAGUCAAGAACUCUCGCUUCUAUAAUUACACCAUUUGUCGGAAUGGCAACAAAGAGAAGCAUGGAUUUGAUUACACAAAGGACUACUUCACAGACUUAAUCACUAACGAGAGCAUUAAUUAUUUCAAAAUGUCUAAGAGAAUAUAUCCUCAUAGGCCCAUAAUGAUGGUUAUCAGCCAUGCCGCCCCCCAUGGCCCUGAAGAUUCUGCACCACAAUUCUCAGAGCUCUAUCCAAAUGCUUCACAGCACAUAACGCCAAGCUAUAACUAUGCACCAAACAUGGAUAAGCACUGGAUUAUGCAGUACACUGGCCCCAUGCUGCCUAUCCAUAUGGAAUUUACAAAUGUCUUACAGCGCAAAAGGCUUCAGACUUUGAUGUCAGUUGAUGACUCCAUGGAAAGGUUAUACCAUAUGCUUGUGGAGACGGGUGAACUGGAGAAUACCUACAUUAUUUACACCGCUGACCAUGGUUACCAUAUUGGGCAGUUUGGACUGGUCAAGGGGAAGUCAAUGCCAUAUGACUUUGAUAUUCGAGUUCCUUUCUUUAUUCGUGGUCCAAAUGUAGAGCCGGGAUCAGUAGUGCCUCAGAUAGUGCUGAAUAUUGAUCUUGCUCCAACUGUUCUGGAUAUUGCAGGACUUGACACACCUCCAGAUAUGGACGGCAAGUCUGUCCUAAAACUUCUAGACUUAGAAAAGCCAGGAAACAGAUUUCGAACAAACAAGAAGACGAAAAUUUGGCGUGAUACGUUCUUAGUGGAAAGAGGCAAAUUUCUGCGCAAGAAGGAGGAGCCCAAUAAAACAGUUCAACAGUCUAAUCAUUUACCAAAAUAUGAGAGAGUAAAGGAAUUAUGCCAACAAGCAAGGUACCAGACAGCGUGUGAGCAACCAGGACAGAAGUGGCAGUGCAUUGAAGAUACAUCUGGCAAACUUCGAAUUCACAAGUGUAAAGGAUCUAGUGAUAUGCUCGCCAUCAGGAAGAGAACACGAAGCAUACACUCCAGGGGAUACAGCAGUAAAGACAAAGACUGCAACUGUGAAGAUACUGAUUACCGAGCCAGCAGGACCCAGAGGAAAAAUCAAAGACAGUUCAUGAGAAACCCUAAUACACAAAAGUACAAACCAAGAUUUGUUCACACUCGACAAACUCGAUCUUUGUCUGUGGAAUUUGAAGGUGAAAUAUAUGACAUAAACCUGGAAGAAGAAGAAUUACAAGUGCUAAAAUCCAGAAGUAUUACUAAGCGUCAUAAUGCUGAAAAUAAGGAGGAUUUGGAGAACACUGAUGGUGCUGGAGCUGGUGGUGAAGAAAUGCUAGCUGAUGGCAUCAAUAUAGUUAGCCAACCUAGUUCUGUCAGAGUGACACACAAGUGUUUUAUUCUUCCAAAUGACACUAUCCGCUGUGAGAGGGAAUUAUACCAAUCAGCCAGAGCCUGGAAGGACCACAAGGCCUACAUUGACAAGGAGAUUGAAGCUCUCCAAGAUAAAAUUAAAAAUUUAAGAGAAGUGCGAGGACACCUGAAAAGAAGGAAACCUGAUGACUGUGAUUGUAGUAAACAGAGCUAUUACAACAAAGAGAAAGGGGUGAAGGCUCAGGAGAAACUGAAGAGUCACCUUCAUCCAUUCAAAGAAGCAGUACAAGAGGUGGACAGUAAAAUUCAGUUAUUCAAGGAAAACCGCAGGAGAAAGAAAGAGAGAAAAGGGAAGAAGCGCCAGAAGAAAGGAGAUGAAUGCAGCCUUCCUGGACUCACAUGUUUUACCCAUGAUAAUAACCACUGGCAGACAGCACCAUUUUGGAACCUGGGCUCCUUUUGUGCUUGCACAAGCUCAAACAACAAUACUUACUGGUGUUUGCGAACAGUUAAUGAAACCCACAAUUUUCUCUUCUGUGAGUUUGCAACUGGAUUCUUGGAAUAUUUUGAUAUGAACACCGAUCCUUACCAGCUGACAAAUACAGUACAUACUGUGGAAAGAGGCAUUUUGAAUCAGUUACAUGUACAGCUAAUGGAACUGAGAAGUUGUCAAGGUUACAAGCAGUGCAGUCCACGACCUAAAGGACUUGAAUCAGAGGAGAAUUAUGGGAUGGAUGGGAAGGUUAACCUGCCAAAUUUCACUGAGGACGUCAACUGGCAAGGACUGGAAGAUUUGUACAGUGUGAAUGAAAGUUUAUAUGAAUACAGAUACAACUAUAGACUUAGUCUGGAGGACUGGACUAAUUACUUGAAGGAUAUAGAUAGAAUGUUUGCACUGCUGAACAGUUAUGAUGAGCAAAAUAAAACAGACAAGAAUAAAACCACUCAAAACAGUGGUUACCUGGACAAGUCGCCUACACAAUGUACCUUGCUGGAAAUGACCUCUGCUGAGUCAGACGAGGAAUCAAGUGGUCUGACUGCAGAAGAAUUACGGCCUGUUGUGCUAACUGACUUUGAAGCCCUAUCUUUGAGCGCAGUCAUUUUAAGUCAAGAGAGGAAACUUGAAUUAAAUAAUGACAUCCCUGACACAAGUCGUUUGAACGCAACACACUGGAGAAAUAAUCAAGCUGAAAAAUGGAUGGAAGGUAAAGAGUCAGACAAUUUUGAAAUAGAUUACAGUGGAAAUGAUCUGAUGGAGCUGGAGUCCAGACAUAGUUUCAUUUUACAGCCCAUUAGCAUGCUUCAGAAAGACUCACCUGAGGAUGGCGGUGGCCCUGUGGAAGACAUUUUUGAAGAUCAGAUCUAUUUUCCUGUGAGGUCUGGGGAAGCCAUUGUACACCAGGCUAUAAGUGUAUCCAUCAGGGAUCCCUCUAUCAGGUCUCAGAAAAUGGAAACUACAUUGGAAAAUAUAGAACCUAAUUUUUCAGGGGAGACAUCGCAAAUCGUAAAUGUAGAAGGCAGUGCCUCAUCUGCACUCUCCCUAGAUUAGAUCAAAUUAUGAACCAUAUGAAGUUCUCUUGAUUUUUUUUUUAAAUGGCAAAUUAAUAAAGGUAAUCAUGACAACUGACAUUCCAUGUUUAUUGUAGAUACAUUUUGCAGUUAAAGUGAGCCCAACUCUGUGUGUGUGUGUGUGUGUGUGUGUGUGUGUGUGUGUGCACGAGUGCCUCUGUGUGUGUGCGUGUGUAUUUCAUAUAUACAUACACACAUGCACUUUCACACUAGCUUUUCAAAACUGGGAAAAUAGAUUUCCACAGUGUUAAAAAAGACAGUAUUAAGUUUAUAGUGCAGUGAUGCAUAAAUUUUGUAAGCUAACCAUGAUUUUCUUAAAACAAGAUUGUUGAAUCAUGUCUUUCUUUCUGAAACAUCCCACCAUAAACGAUUGUCUCACUUCACUCAAACUGUCUGCAUAAUGUGUUUUUGAUAAAUUAUUUUUAACCACUGGAAUUUCUUAAUGUCACACUUUUGAGUAAAAUGAUAUUGCACUUUUAUAAUCUGUAUGCCAUACCAUUUAUUAAUCUGAUACUUUACAUGUUCUUAAUUAGUUUAUUGUCUGGUGUAAUUGUGAAAUGCUAGGUUACCAGGAAAAAGUUAUUCAGUGUGGAUUGUGAAAACAAAUUGAAUAUUAUUUUAACAGAAAAUAUUGCAUGUUUUGUUACUUUGAUUUACUGAAAUUUACUCUCAGAAACGUAUGGCUAAUGAAUGUUUUGAGUAGGAGGAUUUAUUUUCAACUUGGCUUAUUUUCCCCUAUGUUGGUAUCAUCAGUGUUGAAAAUUUCUGAAUGUUCUAAUUUUUUUUUGCUGAUUUCUUCAAGGUUUACAUGAGUAGAAUAUGUUUUUCAUCCUAUUAGAUUUAUUAGUCUGCACAAUAUCUUUUUUCUGAAAAUAUUAUCUUUUUAAAUUUUUUUUAAACAGGCAUUAAAGGGAAGUGUAAAAUCAUAUUAGAUUGAUAUAUUUUGAUACAAAAGGCACAUGGGGUCAGAACAGUAGUCUGGAGUCUGUUGUUCUUGUAAUGUGUUAUAAAGCUUUUUUGGAUUUUACCAAACAUUUAAUUUUAGAAAAUAUAUUUCAGAAUUGACUUUAAAAAUGAGUUACUGUUGAAAACUUAACAUCCUCUUAGGUUUUUUUUUUUACAUUAUUAGCAAAAAAUAAAAAUAAAAAAGGAUUACCUCACACGCACACAAUUCCACCAUGUCCAAUUCACAAAGAAAGUUUCUUAUGUUACAUGUUGUUUAGCGUAAUGGGUGCUUCUUUUAGUCUAUUGCAAGCAUUGUGGGAUAAGUUUAUAUUCUUUUGCUUUGUCUAAGCUGACCUUUUUAAAAUUCUUUUAGUAGGAUUUUAAUAAUUUUAAAAAGCAACCUUUAUGAUGGACUCUGUAAAUAUGUUAAUUGACUAGCUGUUUAUCUGUUGUAUGUGUCAUGGGCUGAAUGACAGAACAAACGUAUUUAUGGUCAUGAAUGAUGCUAUUUGUAAAUAGAAUUCAAGUUACUAGGACACAAACUGUCUUUUUAAAUCUUGUAUAUUUCUGUGAUACUUUUAUAGAACAAUUCUGACUUCAGGAAAGUCUAGAAGCAAUAUUUCUUGAAAUAAAAAGUGUUUUACUUUACCUGCUUCAGAGAG